AUUAUAAGGCUUCCCGGAAUUCCUUUGGUGGUUUAAUUUUGUUGGUAAAAGUCUAAAAAAGGAACUUGACAUUUUUGUUGUUUGCCAGUAGGUACUGACAAAAAACAAACUACAAAACUACUGGCAAACCAAAUUGUAUUUCGAAUCCCGGACCCAAAUUCGACCAAACGAAUUCGCUUGCUCAUCUUUUCGAAGGUUCAGUAAUGGGUACUUAUUCCCUCACCUCUACUAGAAAACAACUAAAAUGUGUCCCUUUCCGGAAUUUUUAUUUAUAUUUUAGUCACACGUCUCUCUAAUUCUCUUCUCAUAUAAAUUUCAAUUUUUAUCAGUCCAAAAAUUUCUUUCUUUUUUUUUUCAGUUGGUUGCACAAUUCGGAAUUCAAAAUGCGUGGUUCGCCUUUUUAAAACUACGAGGAAUGAAAUUAAAAAAUGAAGAAGCAGAAAACGCUCGCGAAUCAUUCACUUAUUUUCGCAACAAAAUUGGUCAUUUACGUCGUUUGACCAAAGAAUUUAAUGAAAAACAAAAAGAAAAGGGUUGUGAGGAGUCGACCAAAAAUUCUUUUGAUGCCUUAUCUUCGGCCGAUUUUGAUAAUUUUUUUGUAUCACCAGACUCGCUAGAAUUGAGAAAAGAUGCAACAAAAUAUUCGGAAGUUGAAGAUAACGAAUUUUUUGAAGGUUGGUGUUUUUUGGCUAGACAAAUUUUUUACUGAUUGAAUUGGAAGGGUGACCUUUCUCCUCUUCAUCUCCCCAAUUUUUCGCUUGCAUUUUGGGUUUUAUGUUUGAGUGUGGUUACUCUACCCGAGUUCAGGACCAACGUUAAAUGGAUCUACAUCCGUUGGUUUAUUACAAAAUUUUGGUUUGUUUUAUGGGUCCUCCGAGUUUUAGAAAUU